AUGGCUCUGCACCUACUGCUACUGCUAUUCCUGAGUCCUACAGGCCAGGGCUGGGAUGACAGCCUCCCGGAGGUGUUACAGGCUCCUGUAGGAGGCACCAUCCAGGUGCAGUGUCACUACCAGUUGCAGGAUUCCAGGGCCCGGAAGUUGUGGUGCAAGUUCUUGUCUGAUGGCUGCCAGCCCCUGGGGUCCUCAGCUGUGGACCGCCAGGCUCCGGGGGCCAGCCGGGUAUUUCUCACCGACUUGGGUGGCGGCCAGCUCCAGGUACAAAUGGUGAUGCUGAGAAUGGAGGACUCUGGCGAGUAUGGCUGCGUGGUGGAGGGGCCCGCAGGGCCCCAGACUGUGCACAGGGUGGCUCUGGAUGUGUCCCCCACAGUUACUGAUAUGAAAAAUGAAGAGGAGACAUAUAGGCUUGACAGUCUGGCUGAUGGUUCUUCCUCGAAGUCAGGAGACAGCACCAGUUACGUGGAUCCUCACCAGGAUGACAAAAGCAUAAUACCCUUGAUCUGGGGCAUCGUGCUGCUGGUAGGCCUGUUGGUUGUGACAGCGGCGCUAUUUGCUGUGGUGGCCAAAAAGAGAGGGAGUGGGCUUGGUGUCUGUGGUCGAUUCCAGAGCACUGGAAUUUCAAACAAGGCUAGUCCCUUGGAUCUCCACCCCACUGGUGACUCUGCCCUGGCCAGAGAUGUAUCCUCAGAUGUUCCAUAUGUUAGGCUUGACUCACCACCUUCCUUUGAAAAUAUCACCUACUCCAACCUGCCUCUUGGUCCCCUUUCAGAGAAUUCCCCUUCUCCAAUCUCAUCCUCAUUUGACCCUCUGCCUCCUAAAGCUACAAGCUCCCAGCCUGUGACAUAUGCCACAGUCAUCUUCCCUGGAGUGGCCAGGGAUGGUGGGGCUCCCUGUGAGCUAGCAGCCCAGGAUCCAGCAAAUAGCCAGGGUCCAUCCAGCUAA